UCUGGGCGCCUCUCUCCCUUCGCUCCCCUCGCUGCACCCGUAAGGCGACCCGCUCCACCCUCCUCGGGUUUCUUGGGCUGCCCAGGAACUGCGGACCCGGGAGGUGCGAGUGCGUGGGUUCCCGGCUUCCACUCUCUGCUCGCGGGGGUAAAAGAGACAGGCUGGAGGUAAAGUGCCUGGAAGCGGGUGAGCGCGCAGUCCUCUCCUUCGGCCUUCUACGUUUUGUAUACAAAGAAAUCAGGAAGGUGUCGAAAAUAUAUCCCAAAAGGGUGAAAGAUGGAAGCAAAGGAGUCAAAGGAUGACUCUUGGGUUUUUGCCUGAGUAACCGUAAAAAUGGAGUGGCCGUCAACUGAGGUGAAGAAGACAGCAGGAUGAGCAGCCUAAGUUAGAGCCAUGGCUCCAAAACGUCAAAAACAAAAGAGCUCAAAACGUGGCAAAACUAAAAUAACAUUACCUGUUAGUGAAGAAGCAGAACCUGUGAAUAUGGAGAGCAUGGGUCAUCCAGAAAUUUAUCCUUUAGUGUUAACUAACAAGACGCAGGAGAUAUUUAACUGCAGAAUAGAUGAAGAUGUCACAGAUGAACAGCCUUAUAAACUUAUCAAAAAAGAAGAUAUUUUUGCAGACUUUGAAAACAGAGCUGCAGUAUCUGAUUUCUACCCAGUCAAAAAAAUUAUUCAGGAAUAUCCUGGAGAUGAGCUUCUCCUUGUUUACGACAAAGACUUCAAAUAUGGACUUAACUUUUAUCUUAUUGGAACUGAAGAGGGCAAGGAAAACUAUUUAAAUCCUCCAGAAGUUCCAGAAGCACAAGAAGAAUAUAAAGAGCAUAUUCCUGAAGAUAUAUAUAUUUAUAAGCCACCUAUCUGUAAACCAUGGGUUUCUUUGGGCAGUGAAAAAGAAAUUGAGGAAGAAUCGGUUAAAGAAUCCACAAAAGAGAUUACAUAUAUGAUUUCUCGAAAACGAAGUGAAUUUGGUGCCCCAGUUAAGUUCAGUGACCAGAAUGCUUCCAGCGUAAAAGAUGCCUAUAUUGAAUGUACAGCCUACCCAGAUAAAAAUUUUACCCUUAAGCAACUUGAGAGAGAUGUUGGCAUGCAAGUAGUCCCCAAAAUCAAGGACACAAGUACUCAGACAAGAUGGACAUAUCCCAAAAAUGCUACUACACAAUAUUAUCCAAGAGAAUUUUCGGAAGAAGAAAAAGAGGCACUGGGACAAUCAAAGACUUUGACUGAGUUUCUUAACAAUGUGUCUAUAAGUGUUGAAAUAGCCCUGCAGCAAAAUGAAAUCAUGAAUACAUUUAUUAAUGACUGGAAAAUCCUGGCAGAAGAAGAAGGUACCUUUGGGGACAAGACUGAUACCCACCUGAAAGAGUACCAGUCCUUUACUCACCUGCAUAACCUAACGGAGAAGAUGAUCACCUGUGUCUCCUGGCAUCCGAUCAUCUAUGGGCUAAUAGCUGUGUCGGUGGCUGUACGACUCUCCUUUGAAGAGAGGGUCCACUUUUCUGGUAAACUAUUGCUGCAACCAUCACUGAUUCUUUUCUGGAGUUUCUCCGAUCCCAUACAUCCUCAGUUAAUGCUGGAAAGCCCAGAUGACAUCUUCUGCUUCCAGUUCUGUCCAAGCGACCCUAAUAUCAUUGCUGGAGGGUGCAUAAAUGGGCAGAUUGUCAUGUGGGAUAUUACCGCACAUGCAGAUCGAAUAGAAAACAUCAAGGCAGAUGGUAGUAGAAGUAAAAACGUCACACUCAAGCCUAUGUUUCUCCUUGAACCAGAGAGUAAUAAAGAAGCAAUGUAUAUCAGACACUGUGCAGUCUCCUCAAUAGAAAAUGGACAUAGGAAAGUUAUUACAGAUAUACAUUGGCUGCCUGACACAUUUGAGAUUAACAGAUUGGGAUCUGUCUUUGAAAAUCGAAGUGGAAUAUCCUGUCAACUUGUCACUUGUUCGGCAGACUGCACAAUAUGUUUUUGGGAUAUCAGACCACAGAAAGCCUUAACCCCUCAACCACCAACAGAGAAAAAGAAAGAAGAAAGUAUUGAAGUUCCUUUUGAUGUACCAUCCACUUUUUUGCAUCUAAAUCUCUCCUGGAAACCUCUUUCUAAGAUAAGGCUGUCUAAAGGUGAAACAACUUUAGACCACUGCCCAACCAAGUUAAGCCUGAGUGAAGACAGUCUUCUUUACAAAGCACAAGACAAAAUGUUAGCCCAAAGCAAAGCAACGAAGGCAGGAGAAAUGAACCCAUACCAGAAUCUGGAAGGUGGGUUAGGCAAUCAUCUCAAGCCAAUAGAUGACUUCUGCACCAAGUUCUUUGUGGGAACAGAGGAAGGUGAAGUGAUAUACACAGAUUGGAAAACGGAGAGAGACCCUGAAACUGGCCGAUUUAUGACAAAGAAGCCCGUGAGCCUCUACACGGUCCAUGAUGGAGGUGUCCACACCGUUCAGAGAUCACCUUUUUACAAGGACAUUAUCCUCACUGUUGGGGGUUGGAACGUGGCUAUCUGGAAAGAAGGUAUUACGACUGGACCCCUCCUUCAGUCAUCCUGUGCACCAAAAAGGUACACCUCAGGGCACUGGUCUCUGACAAGGCCUGGAGUCUUUUACAUUGGCCGAGAAGAUGGAUACAUCGAUAUCUGGGACCUUCUGGAGAAAACCCACGAACCAGCCCAGUCACAAAACAUCUGUAUAACUAUGAUCACGUACAUCAAACCCUGGACCUUUUCUGCUAAGCAGCAAUUUAUAGCCAUAGCUGAUUAUUAUGGAACAUUGCAUAUAUUGGAAAUUCCUUGGACACUAAGUCGCCCUUCCACCAGUGAGGUAUCAAGUAUAAGCCACUACUUUGAAAGAGAAGUCAAGCAUCUGGAAUAUGUAGAACAGCGCAAAAAAAUUCGGGAAGAAGAAAAGAAAGAAAUGGAGCUGGAAAUGGAGAAGAAAAAAGUUAAAACGUAUCAGAAGUCAAAAGAACAACUGGAAGCCGAAUUGAAAAUGGACUACGAGAGUUAUUUGGAACUGGAAAAGGACAUCCUCAUCCAUCUUGGUCUAAUCAAAGUGAAAGAGACAAUGUCGUACAUGGAAAUGAUAUAGAAAAGCUUUCUCUAGGGGGUGUUUUGAGGGCUUUGUGGGACUUUACUCAUCAUUUUUUAUGUAAGGUGAACUAGCAAAACUAAACAUGAAAAAGGUUUACUUACGCAUAUCAAGCUUUUA